AUGUUUAAGGCUGUGGCCGGCACAACGGCACUUUCUCUGGGGGCAGUGUCCCUCUUUUUCUGGGGUAGACAAUCGGGAUCAACACAGACAGCUUCACCAGGUUCACCAAUUGGGGAAUUUCCGGCAAAUGGAGGCAGAAAUGUUCCUUCCAAACCACAGGGAACCACCAACAAUAUGGCAAAUCCUGGUGCCGACAUCAACCCUGUCGAUUAUUUUGUGAAAUAUGGAUUUCCAGGCCCAAUUCACGACCUGGAAAGACACCAGGAGUUUGUCUCUGUUUACGACAGAAGAACGAGAAACCCAUACUACGUUGUGGAGCACUUGACUCCGGCAUCCCUACAAAAGGGACCGACCAACGGCAACAGGCGGAACUCGUUUUUCAAGGAGGAUGAGUCGAUUCCAGAGAUUUUCAGGUCGAAACUCAAGGAUUAUUUCAGGUCCGGAUAUGACCGAGGCCACCAGGCUCCAGCAGCAGACGCCAAAGUCUCCCAGCAGGCCAUGGAUGAGACUUUUCUCUUGACAAACAUGUCACCACAAGUUGGUGAGGGCUUCAACCGUGACUACUGGGCUUCCUUGGAGUAUUUUUGCCGGUGUUUAACUAAGAAAUAUGGAUCCGUGAGAGUUAUCACAGGACCACUAUUUCUUCCCCGGAAGGACCCUGUAGAUGGUAAGUUCCGGGUCAGCUACGAAGUUAUUGGCAAUCCGCCAAGCGUGGCUGUGCCUACGCACUUCUUCAAGCUUGUGGUUGCCGAGAAUUCGCUCAGCAAAAAGCCAGACUCCCAAGAUGUCGCUGUUGCAGCAUUCGUUUUACCUAACGGCAAGAUUCCAAACGAGGUUCCACUAACAUCGUUCAAGGUGCCUGUUGAGGCCUUAGAGCGGUCCUCAGGCUUGGAGUUGCUUGAAAAAGUGCCAGACACAAAAAAAAAGGACCUCUGCAAGGAAGUUCGUUGCGAGAUUAUCGUUAGGGACUUUAGUAAUGCCGCCAAGUCGUUGCCGGCACCUCGCAAAUGA